AGAACUUGAACGGGACAUUCAACCCCUCAUUUGACAUAAUUAUGCCAGUCCGAAAAAGCAGAACCGGAAUGGCCCCAGCGGACUAACGCAUGAAAAUGUCAACCAAAGCCCAUCUCUAAUACGAGUUCUCGAAGGAAAUGCAAGAUGGGAAGUAUCCAGUUCCCUGACGCCCAACCGCCGUACGGUUUUGAUGGCGACCCCGACAUUUAUGGUCUCGGGAUCCGCGUCGGCUACUACACCCAGAUCCUCUCCGUCUGGGUCGCCAACUACUGGGUGCCGCAAGAGGCCUCGUUCCUCCACUCGAUCAACGUGAUGUUCCUCGCCGCGAUGCUGCUCGCGGUGGGUUUCCUGGCCAGCCGCAUCCCCGAUGUCUUCGCGGUGGAGGUGUUCCUGCUGAUCAACAUUAGCUUUUCCAUGGCAAUUUUCGGGACGGAUGCGCGGUUCGUGCGGGGGGCGCUGCCGUGGGAAACGCGGGUGACGCAUAAGGUCGUCGCGCAGUUGGUUGGUCUCGGACUUGGAGGCUACAAUUUGUGGUUUUGGAAUGUCGGCCUGCAUCGGAUGAAAGCGACGAAUUCUAUCUACGGGACCCAAGUGUUUUGGUACGCACAGGGCGACCUGUUCGGGGCGAUCAAGAUCGCGAACCAAGUCGUGGGCCCGCUCUACGCGCUUCUGACAAUCUCUAUCCUUAUGAUCACCGUCGUCAGCGGGUAUCACAACUUCAGGCUCGACCGUUGUUGCACGGAAGAAGCGUUUACCGCGCUAGAAGAGAAGAUGCUUGCUGAGCUAUCAAACUACGGCGAUUUCGUGGACGUGUCGAUGAAGAGGAAAAAGCACGCACCUUCGAUCCGCUCCUGUCUAAACUCUAUCAAACACAGUUCGUCUGCCUGGGAUGCCAAGGAACCAGAAGGGAACAAAGCCCAGUUCAGACACAGAGGGUCCCAUUUGGAAGUCCAUGGCGCAUGCUGCCAGGGAUCCACUCACUCAAAGGGGCUUUCCCGCGUGUCAAUUGAAAUCUCUAAGCCCGUUGAUGGCAUAAAUCCUGACGAGAUGGUAUCAAAGCACCUUGCUGUCGACGCGAGCAAACCCGCGUCGUCCCUUUCCACGCCGAAUCACAAAUGUAAGCUCGACCAUUCCAGGAAAGAAUCAUCGCACGUCUCAACGCAGUCUCCCACAUCCGCCGUUCCAACGAUUUACAGUCCUCAGGGGCUUUCCGCGCAAAGUCUGGCCGUCAACCAGCCGCCCCCUCAUCCCGAUGGAAUCCCAACACUCCAUGACAUCCUCAUCACAGAUGUCUAUCUCAGCGAGCAAUUAGGUCCAGACAGACCGCUCCCACCGAUGCUAUACCGCGCCUUCCUCUCGCCCGCCUACUUCUUCUACCUCAUCUUCCUCCUCCUCCUCCACCCAACCCACCUCCCCACCUUCCUCCACCUCCUCCUCUACCUCUACAACACGUCUCCCCCCACCCCCACCCUCCACAGGCAACAAAUACUCAUCCACCACCUUCUCACCCCCCUCCGCCUCCUUCCCCCCUCAUCUGCCCUCCAAUUCGCCACCCGCCUCCGCAUGUCCGCCCAGCCGCCCCCACCACCUUGCCCUGCCGACUGGAUCUACGACGCCGCCUCCACCAUAGCCGUCUGCAUCGUGCUGACCAUCGGCACCGAGUUGACGCUGCAGUGGAAUGAAAUCCGGGGUGUGCAUUCGAUGGGGUCGGCGGGGCAGCUGGUGCCGUUUGUGUUGGGGGUAGGGGGGUUGGUAAAGGUGGUGUGGGCAGCGGUGACGAGGGGAAGGGGGCCGGGGGGGAGAAGGGGUGACGGGGGGUGUGAGUGGACCUGUGCGGAGGAGGGGAGGAGGGAGAGGUGGGUGGGUUGCGCGGAAGUGUAUUUUCGGUGGAGGGCGGCAGUGGAGAAUGGGAGACAGGGAGGGGCGGCGAUGGAGAAGGUGGGGGAUCCAGCUGCUGUUUGAGAUGACUGAGUACAGUUGCAGCGGAAGGGUGUCCGACUGCCGCUUGGGGUAAUGUUCAAAUAAUGAAUGGGUCCAAGCGUUGAAGUGCCGAAUGCACGAUUAUCAGGGCCACACUCCAAAAACUGGUUUAGUAGCCCUUUUUCACCACCUACAGCUUUCGGGCACUGGACGAUCUGACUACGACUCUCACUUUCGGCCUAAAGUCAGGAAUAUGGAUGAAAGAGAUCGCAUUUCAAUUGCCUAAGAACAACUACAUGCCAAUAACGGGCGUACGAUACCUGGGAGAACGACGACUAUCGCGGUCUGGGUGGUCUCGCCUGGUCUCGCCUGGUCAUAUGGAGGAUCAGCAGAUCAGUCGACAUACGCUAAGAUGGCGGAGUUGCGAUGCCUGCUGGGUGUGUAGGUUGUAUC